AUGUCGGGGAUGGCGGCGGCGGUGGCGAAGGAGCGGGCGGCGGCGCUGGGCGCGGGGCGGCACGACCGCGCCGUCCCCUACCUGGGCCAGGACUUCGGGGCCCUGCGGCAGGAGUGCCUGCAGGAGGGGCGGCUCUUCCAGGACCCCUCCUUCCCCGCCGGCCCCACCGCCCUCGGCUACCGGGAGCUGGGGCCCAGCUCCUACAAGACGCAGGGCGUCGUCUGGCGCAGACCCACGGAGCUGUGUUCCAGCCCCCAGUUCGUAGCCAGCGGAGCCACUCGCACAGACAUCUGCCAAGGGGCCUUAGGGGACUGUUGGCUCUUGGCCGCUAUUGCCUCUCUCACCCUGAAUGAAGAAAUUCUGGCCCGUGUUGUUCCCAAAGACCAGAGCUUCCAGGAUAGAUAUGCAGGAAUUUUCCACUUCCAGUUCUGGCAGUACGGGGAGUGGGUGGACGUCGUGGUGGACGACAGGCUGCCCACCAAGAACGGGGAGCUGCUCUUCGUGCACUCGGCCGAGGGCAGCGAGUUCUGGAGCGCGCUGCUGGAGAAGGCCUACGCCAAGCUGAACGGAUCGUAUGAGUCUCUCUCUGGUGGCACCACCACUGAAGGCUUUGAGGACUUCACCGGUGGAAUUGCAGAAUGGUAUGAGCUGCAGAAGGCACCACCCAACCUCUUCAAAAUCAUUCAGAAGGCACUUCAGAAAGGCUCUCUCCUUGGCUGCUCCAUUGAUAUCACCAGUGCAGCAGAGACGGAGGCGGUCACUUCCCAGAAGCUGGUGAAGGGACACGCGUACUCGGUCACCGGGGCGGAGGAGGUGAACUUCCGAGGAACGGUGCAGAAGCUGAUCAGAAUCCGAAAUCCCUGGGGGGAAGUGGAGUGGACCGGAAAAUGGAACGACAACUGCCCUAACUGGAAUGGUGUUGACCCUGAGGUACGGGAGCGGCUGACCAGGAGGCAUGAAGAUGGAGAAUUUUGGAUGGCAUUCAAUGACUUCUUGAGACAUUACUCCCGCCUGGAGAUCUGCAACCUGACUCCAGACACCCUGGCAAGUGACAGGUACAAGAAGUGGAGCCUGCUGAAGCUGGAUGGGAACUGGAGGCGAGGAGCCACUGCAGGGGGCUGCAGGAAUUACCCAAACACUUUCUGGACGAAUCCACAGUAUUUAAUCAAGCUGGAGGAAGAAGAUGAGGAUCCUGAUGAUCCUGAGAGGGGCUGCACUUUCCUCAUUGGCCUGAUUCAGAAGCACCGGCGGAAGCAGAGGAAGAUGGGAGAGGACAUGCAUACCAUCGGUUUUGCAAUCUAUGAGGCAAGUAAGGCAUUUUCUGGCCAGACGAAUAUUCAUCUGAGCAAAAACUUUUUCCUGACCAACAAAGCAAGGGAAAAAUCGAACACCUUUAUCAACCUCCGAGAAGUGCUGAACCGGUUCAAGCUCCCUGCAGGAGAAUAUAUCGUCGUGCCCUCAACCUUUGAACCCAACAAGAAUGGGGAUUUCUGUCUGCGAGUCUUCUCUGAAAAAAAUGCAAACUCCACGGUCAUAGAUGAUGAAAUUGAGGCCAAUUUUGAAGAGACCGAGAUCAGUGAAGAUGACAUCGAACCCAGCUUUAAAAAGCUUUUUGGACAGCUAGCAGGAAGUGAUGCAGAGAUCUCCGCGUUCGAACUGCGCAACAUCUUGAAUAAAAUUAUGGCUAAACGCAAAGAUAUUAAAUCUGAUGGCUUUAGUAUUGAGACAUGCAAAAUAAUGGUUGACCUGUUAGAUAAUGAUGGGAGUGGUAAACUGGGACUGAAGGAGUUCCACACCCUCUGGACAAAGAUUCAGAAAUACCAGAAAAUUUACAGGGAAAUCGAUGUGGAUCGAUCUGGUACCAUGAAUUCGUAUGAGAUGAGGAGAGCACUGGAAACAGCAGGGUUCAAAUUGAAUUGCCAGUUACAUCAAAUCAUUGUGGCUCGUUUUGCUGAUGAAGACCUCAUCAUUGACUUUGAUAACUUUGUCCGGUGUUUGAUUCGGCUGGAAACCUUGUUCAAAAUGUUUAGAAAACUGGAUACUGAGAAAACUGGAACAAUAGAAUUGAACCUUGUUAAUUGGCUGUGCUUUACUGUCAUUUGAGCCACUGACAUCAGUUCAAGAGACCUCAAAGAGAGCAAGAUCAGAUGAAGCUAAUCAAGCAAACAUACAAGUAAUAUCUUAACAUGAACGUGCCUUAACUUAUGCAUGGCAAAUGUUGCACACAGUUACAAGAAGGAAAGUGUUCUACUUCAACAACAGCAGAAUCUGCAACCUCAUUUUAAUGGGUCUGACAGUCUUUAUGUACUACUAUAUAUCCUCUGUACAAAAGCUUUAAUUUAGUAUAAAUCCUCAGUACAACUUUUGAAAAUACAAAUCUUUGUAUUUAAGGUGUUUUACAUGACUUCUGGAAGAAAGCUCAUUAUAGCUUAGACAGUUUGGUUUAAUAAGUGCUUUUUGAGUAACAGCUCCACUCUAUCCUGCAUACCUGAAACUAGAAAAGGGAUGGUAUUGCAUAUCACUGAAUACAGAUGUUUAGGUAACAUUAUGGGUCCCUUGUGUGCUUUCUGUCAAGCCCUAGCAUUAUUCUGGUUAAAUAUUCUUUGAAGAAUUUGAGUAGCAAGUAUAUGUUUGACCAAACUGAAGGACAAGUCGGUAAAACUGGGCACUCCUGACCAUUGCUGUGCCUAUAGCAGGAGGCUGUGGGCAACCAGAUGCUUGCAAGAGAAAGCCCAUGCUCGCAGGUAUCUUAUUUAUCUUCCUUUGCAAUACAAGAAAGUAUUUAAAUAAAAAGUUAUUCCUUCUGCAA